AUUCUGCAUAUAUUAAUGGAUGGAUUAUCCAACAAUUUCAUCUUACCCAAUGAGCAAGAAGAACAGAAACAGGCAAGGUUAAUGAUCACUCUGCUGUCAUGGUUUCUGUAGCUCAACAGAAUGAAAAUCAGCUGACUUUCCUCACUCAAAGCUCUUUGGUGAAGAGGAAUUACAGGAUGAUGCAGGGGUUUUUCUCCAAUCUGGGUCAUUACCAGAAGUUCUUUCAAAUGAUCUUUGUCCUUGGGAUUGGUGGGAACCUUAUCGUUGGCUAUCAGAUUUCUGUGAUCAAUUAUCCCUCUGUGUACAUCAAGAGGUUCAUGAAUGAAUCCUGGCUGGAGCGCACUGGAGCCCCCCUCAAUGAAAAGAUGCUGAUCUUCCUGUGGUCAUUUGCUGUGUCUGUCUAUGGAGUAGGAGGCCUACUGGGAUGUCUCUGCAGUGGAUUCCUGACUGUGAAAUAUGGGAAAAAGAAAUGCCAGCUGAGCACAGACCUCCUAGUUAUCCUGACGACCAUAGUCAUGAUCUGCAGCAAGAGAGCCAAGUGCUUUGAAAUGGUUCUGCUUGGACGAUUUGGUUACGGGAUAAGUUCUGGCCUCUGCCAGGCCAUUCAUUGUCAGUACGCUGGAGAAAUUUCCCCCAAGAAGUGGCGAGGACUUGCAAAUGCUACCUCAGGAUUCUUUUGGUCUCUGGGGAAAUGCUGGGGCCAAAUCUUGGGACUCAGGGAACUCCUGGGAACUGAUUCAUCCUGGCCUCUGCUGUUGGCCUUUCCUGGUGUGGCAGCAUUCCUCCAGCUGCUCCUCCUGCCCUUCUUCCCUGAGUCUCCUUCUUAUCUCUUAAUCCAGGAGGGAGAUGAGGAAGGCUGCCUGAAAGCAAUGCACCAGCUGUGGGGUCAAGGGGAUCACAAGGAAGAGCUUGAGGAGCUGAAGAAAGAAAUGGUCCCAGGAGGGCAAAGGAGCAAAGUGCUUUGGCCAGGAGAGCUGUUCCACGAUGCAUCACUUCGCCAGCAGCUGAGCAUCCUAGUGGCUGUCAUUGUUACUGUGCAGUUCUGUGGCAUCAAUGCAGUUUAUUUCUAUGCUUUUGAAGUGCUUCAGAAUGCAGGCUUAGAAGAGAGACUUAUCCCCUACAUCGCCCUGGGCAUCGGCUUCUCUGAGCUCUUCUCAUCUUUCAUCUGUAUAUUUACCAUUGAACAGUAUGGAAGGAGGCCGUUGCUGUGGAAAGGCUGUGGGUCGAUGGCCUUGGUGCUCUUUUUCCUCACAGGGACUCUUUCUCUGCAGAAAAGCCUCCCCUGGAUGUCUCUCUGCAGUGUCAUCCUGAUUUUCUUGCUUGUCAUCCUCUUUGGAGUUGGACCAAAUGGAGCCACAUUCUCUAUUAUGAUGGAAAUUUUCAGCCAGUCCGCCAGGGCAGCAGCGUUCACAAUCGGUGGUUGUCUAAACUGGGCAGGCCUCUUUGUUAUCGGAAUCGCUUUCCCUUUUGCUGAGGAAAGUCUGGGUCCCUUUUGCUUCCUUCUCUUUGCCACCGUGCUCUCUGGCUCUGGGAUAUUCUUCUACUUAUUCCUUCCAGAGACAAAAGGCAAAUCUGCAGUAGAGAUCACAGAGGAAUUCAGCAGAUCAUCUUUGGGAAAGAAACUUGCUGUUCUCGGGAAAAAUUUCAGUGAGGACCAUUCAGUGUACUCAAGUUUCUGAGCUACAUCUGCCGAGGAAGAUUUAAAAGGGUAUGGGCAUCACGAAGGGCAAUGUUGCCAAGACGAAUAUUUCAGCUCCCAGCAGUUUUGGCUCCUGGUAAGCUCAGGUGCUCCACCCCUCCGUAAGUGUUACUCUUCAUUUUAAUCUGAACACAGAUUAAAGUACAGCCAACCAUCUUGUAACCCCCAUCCUUCAUGGCAUUGAGGUGUCUUCCACUUCUUGCUGAGCAUUUAUAGAUCUCUCCCAACAUGUUGCCAGGUUGCCACUGCUUACUGGCUUCAUUUCUGCUCAAGCUCAAAUGCUUUUCCUGCACAAUGUUUUCCUUAUUGUUUUUCACCUGUUGGAAAAGCAACUCAUGGCUCUACUCAAAUCUCAAUCAAAUUAAAUUAAACCAACCUAGUUAAUGUGUAAAAAUGGCUGCUAAAGAGUUGCUACUUGAAAUUAUUUCCUUCCAUCCCUUCUAUCUUUAAGCUUUAUGAUUAAAGUAUUUAACCUUAGACAAAUAACAUACUAAAGGGUUUUACUAACAUUUUAUUUCUGAGCAACUUGGAAUAUGUUAACAGCAAAAUAAAAAUGUAAAAAAAGGAACAGUAACUCAAUUCCAGUCCAAGUCCAAUACACUCAAAAUUGUCAACAUUGAGAAUGUUUUCUUUAUAUAGACUGAAGAAAUAUAGAGGAAAAGUCAAGAAAACAGUCGGCCCACUGAAGAGAAAAGAUGGCAAGGAGGUAACACGCAUUAGAGAGAAAGUAGAGAUACUUAACUCAUUCUUUGCAUCAGUCUUCAUGCAAAAAGAAACUUUAGCCCAAUGUAUCAAAAAUGUAACAGUAAAAUACAGACUAGAAAUACAAUUAAAAUAAGCAAGAAAAUGAUAAACAAACACAUGUCUGACUUUGAUUAGUAUAAAUCUCCGGGACCUGAAGGAUUACAUUCCAGGGUUCUGAAGGAGCUGACAGAUGUUCCUCAAAACCAUUGUAUCAUAUCUUUUAAAAGUCCUGGCACACCAGGGAACUGCCAGAGAAUUGGAAAAGAACUGUGGUUCCCAUCUUCAAAAAAAGUGAGAGGGAACA